AUGAAGAUGAAGUCACCCGAUAUCGAAAGGGGCCGCGUCGUACCCACAAAAACGACGCAAACCGAGAUAGGGGCCCGUCCGCGCAAACAUGAUCCGUGCGUGAUAACAGCUAUAGGACUAUUUUUAGCCGAGACUGGAAAGAAACAAGGGAGGGGAAGUCGAACCAGAGUAGCGACUUUUACGGGGAAAGGGGCAGUGGAGGUGUCAAACUGGGAGGCUUUCCCCCCGGUUAUAACGAGGUUCAAUAUGGAGAAAAGUGACAUAAUAGGCUUCCCAGAAAUAAAGGCCGUAAUACCGUGGCUGUUGGAGAGUGCAUUUCCAAAGUUACUACGUACCCUACCGAUGGAGAUAACAGUUGAAAUAGAACACCAGAGAGUCCGCGAGCUUUCGUUGUCAGAAUUCAUAUCCCUUAAAUUGAUGGAAAAUACGUUCCAUACGGGAUGGCAUCCGGUCGGAGUGGCAUUGAGAGUCAUGAAUGAGAUGCUAAGAAUCCAGCGUGAACUGGGACACUCAGCAGCAUCAACACUCGCGGAAGACCCUUCCGAGGGUGUUACCGCGAGGGAUUUUUACGGCAUUGUUCGAGCAGUGGAGGUGUCAACAUUCCGUGAAAUCGUGGGCCCUCUGGUAAUGGUAAACAUAUAUCUUUCAGAGGGGGACUCGUUAGCAGUCGCAGAUUUGGUUUCGGAGGUGGAGUGGAUGCACGCGUUAGGGUGUCCUCCUGGCUCAUGCCUUUCGACAUUCCAGCCACUGAAAACCGCAUGGGAGAGUACCAACACCAACGGGCAACUGUGCGCAACGGCAAACUUCAUCCGCAGAGCCGCAGUCCUGAUGGUCGUCAUGAGGGCGGCACGUAUCCCAGGAAUGAUAGCAGAAGAGGACGGGUCAACCCAUUCAGAGUGGUUUUUGCCGGCCAUAGAACGGGGAUGGCUUACGGUGGGAAGGGUCGGUAAUAUAUUGAUUGCGACAGUCGAAAUCGCAAUGUUGGAAGUGCUAGCCGGGAACGUUGGGGAAAGGACCUUAGUGAAAUACGCGAUAGUUACGAGGGCAAUAGAAAUUGCCGAAAUGAAGCUUCCGGAACAAUGUUUUUACAAGUGGAACCACUGGCUGGCUGCCGACUUGCAGCAGACGAGGUUUUUUGACGAAUAUGUCAGAGUGGGCGAUACGACGAAACCUAGGAACGCCCAGAGGGCUUGUCGUAGGGUGCUGAAAGCAAAUUAUGCGGAAGGAGCCUCGCUGCUCACGGCACGCAACGUGUGGGUGGCGGACAUAACACAAGCGCCAUUCACAUUAGUAAUCACAGAAGAAACGUCGUGGCUCGUCCCAUUAUUCUCAGAACGUGUGGCUAAGAUACCAGAGAAAUUGCGGUGGUACAAAUUGUACGGUGCACACACCCCUUCCUUGGCAAUAGCACCAGGAUUCCAUCCCUCGAGCCGAAUUGAGGUAUGCGGAGUUGGAGGAAUGCGUAAAUUACGGCUUCGCUACGCCUCUCUGCAGACCCACGGUGUCGGGGGUUAACUCCCUACUGCACUCUAUAACAGUGAGAUUCUACGGAGGAAGGGCAAAAAUGCCCGCCGUCUUGUCGAAUUUGGACUGGAAAAAUUCAGUGCUGCAUGCAGUCGCCAUACUGAAUGCGAAACGUGCGGUCGUCUACGGAACGAAAGAUUGGCUUGCAUCAGUGGUGGGAGGGGGAUUGGCAGAAGGAAAUGUGUAUGUUCCCGAUUCUUCAGCUGAAAU